UAUCCCCAACUGUACAGAGCGCAGUCGCUUGGGCGGCCACACGGAACUCGAACCGAUAUCUCUGCUAGGGGCUGUCUGCCCAGCGAGGAGGGACCUUUCCCGGGAAACAUCCCUCUCCCCCCGCCCCUCUAAUGCUGAGGCCGCGCUGCGGAUGUAAUUGUCUCUUUUCGGCAACCGUAGCCCGCGAUACCGGCAGCGUGUUCCUAUUGGUUAGGCCUGUUUGGCGCCAAAGCGCGGAGCCGGUGGCCGAGGCGAGCCGCUGCAGUCACAGGACGGAGAGCCGUAGGAGCGCGGUGGCUAAGAGCCCCGUGACGGUUUCGUCGUAAGAGCCAGCGGUUGGCGAGGCCUCAGGAGCAAGACGGCGGUGCCAUGUUCUGCGAAAAGGCCAUGGAAUUGGUCCGCGAGCUGCACCGCGCGCCCGAAGGGCAGCUGCCCGCCUUCAAUGAGGACGGACUCAGACAAGUUCUGGAGGAGAUGAAAGCUUUAUACGAACAAAACCAGUCUGAUGUGAAUGAAGCAAAGUCAGGUGGACGAAGUGAUUUGAUACCAACCAUCAAAUUUCGACACUGUUCUUUGUUAAGAAAUCGACGCUGCACUGUAGCAUACCUGUAUGACCGGUUGCUUCGGAUCAGAGCGCUCAGGUGGGAAUAUGGCAGCGUCUUGCCGAAUGCAUUACGAUUCCACAUGUCUGCUGAAGAAAUGGAGUGGUUCAAUCAUUAUAAAAAGUCCCUUGCUACUUAUAUGAGGUCACUGGGAGGAGAUGAAGGUUUGGACAUUACACAGGAUAUGAAGCCUCCAAAAAGCCUAUAUAUUGAAGUCCGGUGUCUAAAAGACUAUGGAGAAUUUGAAGUUGAUGAUGGCACUUCCAUCCUAUUGAAAAAAAACAGCCAGCACUUUUUACCUCGGUGGAAGUGUGAGCAGCUGAUCAGACAAGGGGUCCUGGAGCACGUCCUGUCGUGACCUCACGUGAUUCUGCGCCAGAGCACUGCCACGCUUCACUGGCGAACUCGGAAUCUUCUACACGCACUCUGCACCCUCCCUCUGCCUCCCUCUUUGAUUUAAAAAGUUACAGACAUCCUUUAAGAUAACCAAGGAAUAUUUGGCUAAGCAGAAUGAUUUGCUAACUAUUACGAACUUUUGUUUUUUUAUGUUGUACACUGUUGUGUUCUUUCUACUCCGUUUUGUAAUAAGCUGUAUCAUAACAUUCCUACAGUUAUUACAAUGUAUUUUUUAAAUGAAAAUAAACAUUACUAUAUUUUAAUCUCUUUUAAA